CCAAAUAUUGUGAUCAUGGAGGUAUAAAUGGAAGUUACCUUUGUUAUGGUCAUCAGUUGUUAAGUGAGUUCUAGAUAGAGGAGUCGAGCGAAAAAAGUCUGUUAAGAAAAGUGUUAACGAAAAUACUGCUUGCCAUAAUGAAUUGGUUUAUUAAAGUGUUGUUAGUGUUAAUGUCAUUAUUCGGGCGUUUUAACGCAAACACCGUACAGGAAAGAAAUUUAUUUGCCACCGAACUUUUCCAAACUGUAGCCACACAAAGUCAACAUGAAAAUGUAAUCAUUUCACCAGUGUCUGUGCAAACAGCUUUAGGUUUAGUGUACUAUGGAGCUUCCGGUCAAACGGCUACUGAACUGCAAAAAAGCCUACAUGCCACGGCCCACCAAAGUAAGGACGGUUUGGCCCAGGGCUAUCACAAACUUUUGCAUUCCUUUAUCAAGUCAAAGACCGUGUUGGAAAUAGCUAAUAAAAUUUUUGUCAACGAUAAAUUGGAAAUAUCUCCGGAGUUCAAAAAAACCUCUCAAAUUUACUUUGAUUCUGACGUCGAGCAAUUAGAUUUCGCCAACGAAUCGUAUUCAGUUGAUCACAUCAAUCAAUGGUUGGCCGAGAAGACUAAUGGCAAGAUUGAUAACGUUAUACAGAGACUUGAUCCCGAAACAAAUGUGGCUCUAAUCAAUGCCAUUUACUUUAAAGCCAAAUGGGCACGUCCCUUUAUGGAUGAUGCUACCAGUGAUCGCGAGUUUUGGAUUACAAAUGAACAGUCAAUCAAAGUGUCCACAAUGUUUGCCGACAAUUGGUAUUAUUAUGCCGAAUAUCCUGAUUUGGAUGCGAAGGCUUUGGAACUAUUUUUCGAGAAUAUUGAUCUCACCAUGUGGUUCAUAUUGCCCAACAAACGUGAUGGCCUCUUUGAGUUGGAGCAAAAACUGAAGGGAGUUAAUUUCAAUGAUCUCGAAGCACUGUGGGAAUGGAAGAGUACAAGUGUCUAUUUGCCAAAAUUCAAAUUUGAAUUUGACACCGACCUGAAGCCAUCACUACAAAAGCUUGGCAUUAAUACCAUGUUCUCGAAUACUGCCGAUUUUAGUAACAUGUUUGAUAAACGUGCGUCCAAUAUGCACAUUUCGCAGGUACAACACAAGGCCUUCAUAGAUGUCAAUGAAAUUGGCUGUGAAGCUGCUGCCGCCAGUGUUGCUGUUGGUGUGCCCAUGUCGUUGCCCAUAGACCCCAAAACAUUUGUGGCCGAUCAUCCAUUUGUUUUCAUAAUACGUGACAAGACUGCCGUCUACUUUGCUGGUCACAUUGUUAAGCUCGAAGACACUGCAGCUUAAUGACAUUCAAAGUAGUUUCUAAGAAAAAAAUAAUCCACAAUCCAUUCUUCAUAUUACAACAGACAAAUAAAAAUGCAAUAAUGCAUUCACUACUCAUCAUCAUACACACAUUUUUGAAUUUUGUAAGAACGAUUUCAAAUUAUACAAUUACACACGCUCACAUAUAGAAAAUACAUUAAUUAUUAAUUUUAA